AUGGAAGUUCCCAAUACCAUGUGGGGAUUUCGCUCAUCAUCAACAUUAGCGAGCAUUUUUCUCCUACUCUCAGUUGCCGUGAACUUUUCAGUAAACCAUGUUUCAGCUGCUAAACAAUUUCAAAAUGAGACCGAUCGACUUGCUCUGCUUGAAUUCAAGAAGCAGAUAUAUGAUGACCCGUUUGGAGUCCUGAAUUCCUGGAACCAUUCACAGCACCAUUGCCAGUGGGAAGGAGUCACCUGUAGUACUCGACAUCAGAGGGUCAUAGCCUUGACUCUACGGCAUAAGCAGUUGUCUGGAACCAUAUCUCCUCAUGUCGGAAAUCUAAGCUUCAUGAGGUUCAUCCAACUUCCGGAGAAUCAAUUCCACGGAGAGAUUCCCCAAGAAUUCGGUCGCCUCUUCAGGCUGAGAGUCUUGAACCUAUCAAGUAACGCAAUCAGUGGAAAAAUCCCAGCAAACCUGAGCUACUGCGCAGAGUUGGUAACUAUUAGCCUAACGGGGAACAAGCUAGAAGGGAAAAUUCCGAUUGAUCAGCUAAGCAGUCUGAAGAAGCUUGAAUAUUUUAACCUUCGCACAAACAAUUUGACAGGAGAGAUUCCCUCCUCCAUUGGUAACUUAUCGUUAUUGAUUGGACUCGCUCUCGACUUCAACAACCUGGAGGGAAAGCUGCCUCUAGAGAUGGGGCUCUUGAAAAGGUUGGUUCAAUUAUUUCUUGGAGAAAAUAAACUAUCUGGUAUAAUCCCUGCCUCCAUCUUUAAUAGUUCAGCCAUUACUGUCAUUUCAGUGGCCGGCAAUUCCUUUCAUGGCAAUCUCCCAAUCACCUUACCAAAUCUGGAAGCAUUAGGUGUUGGGGGAAACAAGUUCUAUGGAAACUUUCCAAUUUCAAUCACCAAUGCUUCGGGGCUUGAGGUACUUGAUCUUUCCAGCAAUAAGUUUGCCGGCCAAAUUCCGACUAAUUUAGGAGAUCUGACACAACUUAAUUUUUUAUCUCUUAGUGAUAAUCUCUUCGGCAGUAAUUCUAUAGGCGACUUGGGUUUUAUUGGAUCACUGACCAACUGCAGUAAUCUAAGAAUCCUUUCCCUGAGUAUCAAUAAAUUUGGAAGUAAUAUACCUAGAGUCAUGUCCAAUCUCUCAAAUCAACUCACUGAAUUGUACUUGGGGGGAAAUCAACUGUCAGGAACUAUUCCAGAAGGGUUUGGAAAUUUUGUCAACCUAUAUAUCCUUAGCCUUGAAUCCAACUCUCUUUCUGGGGUCAUUCCAAGAGAUAUUGGCAAAUUACAAAAUUUGCAACAUCUGCGUUUUGGCAAUAAUCAAUUUUCAGGACAGAUAGUCUCUACCCUAUGUAACGCCACCACUCUAUACCUUCUGGACUUGUCAACCAACCAGUUUGAAGGGGGCAAUAUACUUGACAAUGUUCUUAUAAACUGUCAAAAUUUGCAAUAUCUUGAUAUAUCUCAAAACAACUUCACUGGAAUUAUAUCACCACAUUUUUUGGAGACGCACUCAUCACUGAUUGCUAUGGGAUUAAGUGAAAAUUCUUUCACUGGUUCUCUGCCUCCUGAAGUUGGAAAGCUUGUACAUUUGGUGAAUUUCUCGGUUUCCCACAACCAACUUGCUGGAGCUAUACCCAUCUCACUUGCUGACUGUUCAGAUCUGGAGAAUCUUUAUAUGGAAGCCAAUUUUUUCCAAGGAACAAUUCCACCAAAUUUGGCUUCUUGGAAGAGCAUCCAGCAAUUAGACCUUUCAAGUAACAAUUUGACAGGACCAAUACCAAAGGAACUUGAGAAGCUUCAAUAUUUGAGGUACUUAAACCUUUUCUACAACGACAUCGAGGGCGAGAUACCAAAAACAGGGAUUUUCAGUAAUGCAAGCCAAAUAUCAUUGAUUGGCAACAACAAACUCUGUGGAGGCAUUCCAGAAUUGGAGUUCCCUCCUUGCCCAGUGAUUAAGGGGAAAAACAGAGGAAAGCUGAAGGUUAUCAUAUUGCUGUCCAUUGUUUUACCAGCAACGCUUCUGGUUCUUGGUGCAUUGUUGUUAUAUUUCUUGGUAUAUCAUAAAGGAGAAAGAAGCAUGGUGGCAGGAUUCUCUAGCAUGCCCCCAAGAAUCGAUGAGCUCUUACGGCUUUCUUACCAUGAACUUCUUCGUGCAACUUCUGGAUUUUCUCCAGAAAACUUAAUUGGUUCAGGAAAUUUUGGAUUUGUCUACAAAGGAAGGCUAGAAAAAAAUGGCAACAAGCUUGUAGCAGUCAAAGUUCUUGAUCUUCAGAAGAAUGGGGCUUCGAAAAGUUUUAAGGCCGAGUGCAAAGCAUUAAGAAAUAUUCGCCAUAGAAACCUCGUUUCUAUCGUGAGUUAUUGCUCCAGUAUUGAUUCCAAGGGUGAUGAAUUCAAAGCUCUAGUCUAUGAGUUGAUGGAAAAUGGAAAUCUGGACCUGUGGCUGCAUCCUUCAGAGACAACUGAUCAGGCAACAAGCUCAAGAAGUCUUAAUCUUCUUCAGAAGCUAAAUAUUGGAAUUGAUGUGGCUUCAGCAUUGCAAUAUCUUCACGACCACUGCGAAGCUGAGAUUGUUCACUGUGAUCUAAAACCAAGUAACAUUCUUCUUGACAAUGAUCUUGUUGCUCAUGUGGGUGAUUUUGGAUUGGCAAGGCUUCUCCCAAAACCCAUCAACACUUCUUCCGAGCAAGGAACCAGCAGUAGCAUUGCCAUAAAAGGAUCGAUCGGUUAUGCAGCUCCAGUAACUAUAAUUUACAACCUUUUUAUGGGCAAGAUGUUACUUAAUUGUGCACAGAAGUAUAGAACUUUUGGAAGAUUUAAUUCUUUUUAA